AUGGCCGGCUCUGGGCUAAAUUACCUGACCUUCAUAGGCGCUACGGUAUGGAACUCUCUCCAUUUCCACGCACUCUCUGAUAAGCAUCCAGGACCUAUUGUUCGCAUUGGACCAAAUGAAAUUCAUAUCGAAGACUCUGAGUACUUCGAUACAAUCUUCGGAUUUCGUCGUUUGAACAAAGAGGCUAUGGCGGCUAAGGAAUUCGGGAUCAAUCACGCCCUGUUUGGUGUUGAGGACUACAAGACUUAUGUCAAGAAACGUGCUGCAUUUGGAAAUGCCUUUUCUCGAACAAAGCUUUCCAAAAUACAGGACCAAAUCAACGAAGAAAUCCAAAAAGGAUGCACUUGGAUUGAGGAUAACAGUAAGAAUGAAAGCCCUGUUGACUUGGCCUUCUUGUUUCGGGCUGUUCCAGCAGAAAUCAUAACCAAAUAUCUUUUCGGCCAAGAAUAUGGGUUUCUGCAAGAUGUUCAGACAACCAAGAACCUUUACGAUAAGAGGAUGGACCGGCUGUUUGGGUUCUCACAUCUGGGUCGAUUCAUACCAAAAGAGAUACCUCUUUUUGUAUCUCUCUUUCGUCAGUUGAUCUUGAGAGCUAUGGGAUUUAACGACCCAGGUUCUGCAUUUCUUGAUUAUUUCUUGCUCGCUCAGAAGUUGGUGCAAAAAGUGGUGGCUCGGCAUAACGACCCGAAUCGCAAGUUUGAAGGUAACACCCAACCUACGGUGUUUGAUGACUUUCUGGGCAGCUCUCUACCCAAGGAAGAAAAGGAAAAAGGCCCUCUUGCUCAACAAGCAGUGGCUAUCUGGAGUGGAGGUUGGGACACGGUUGGCUUCGUGUUGACUAUGGCGGCAUACCAAUUACUCCAGAAACCAGAAAUUGAGCAGCGCCUUUACUAUGAACUCAAAGAGGUCUGGAAGCACCCUGGUGAGCCACCUGAGACCGCGACUUUGGAAAAGCUACCAUACCUUACUGCUGUGCUCAAGGAGACGUUUCGCGUUUCGCCUGGUGCGCUUUGCCAGCUGAGUCGCGUCAAUCCUAACGGCAUUGAACAUUAUGGUGAUUGGGAAAUACCUCCGGGCACAAUAAUCAGCAUGUCCAUUCCGGAUGUUCUUUCGGACGAGGCAAUCUGGGGUUCUGAUGCUGCUGUAUUCAAACCCGAAAGAUGGCUCAAUGGAGGUGCGGAUCUUGACAGAUACCUGGUGACUUUCAGCAAAGGAACUCGAGUUUGUCUAGGAAUUGAGUUAGCAUGGAUCGAGACUCGUCUUGUCAUCGCUAGCCUUUUCCGAAGGUACGAGAUGAGCAUCGCACCAGAGGCAGGUAUAUCUGAUGAUGAUAUCAUGCCGUAUUACGAGGGGUUUACACCUGUAGUCAAGAAUUGGAUCUCGCGACUGCCAGUGAAGGUGAAGCCUAGAGAUUAG